GGGGUCGUCAUGUAGUAACUCGUCUAAUCUUCCACUGUUAUACGCUACUACUUUCUUUUUGUAUGAAAGAAUAUGCCCAAAGAAUAAAGCACUCAAAACCGUGUCUCUGAAAGUUUUCAGACCCAAGGAGGACGAGAAGGAGAAAGAGAGAGACCGAAGUCUGAAGGAAGGUUGAUUUGAUCAUACCAUCCGAUGGCUUCUACGGAGGGUCUAGUACCUAUAACCAGGAGUUUCCUGGCGUCUUACUAUGACAAGUACCCUUUUGAGCCUCUCUCCGAUGAUGUGUCUCGUCUUACUUCGGAAAUUCGUUCUAUGGCCAAUGAUUUGCUCAAUGAUUAUCCUCCUACUGAAGGAGAAAGAAUUUUAAUAGAUGAAGCUGACCAUCAACCUCCGCAUAAAAUCGACGAGAAUAUGUGGAAGAAUCGAGAGUGUAUGGAAGAGACAGUCUUUUUAUUACAAGGGUCCAAUUGGCCAGAAGGGCUUAAGCAGCAGUCAACACCUGACGAUGUAGAAUUUACUAUAGUACUUGACCGGCUUAAAGACAAAGUUCAUAACAAUCUGAAGCUAUUGCAGUCUUUCCAAGCUAAAAAUGCUGACCAUGUUUUCAACACAGUUAUGACAUAUUUGCCUCAAGAUUUUCGAGGAACUCUCCUCAGACAGCAACGUGAACGGUCUGAAAGGAAUAAGCAAGCUGAGGUUGACGCUCUAGUGAAUGCUGGAGGAAGUAUACGGGAUCGAUAUGCGUUGCUGUGGAGACAACAAAUGGACAGGAGACGGCAGUUAGCUCAGCUUGGUUCUGCGACAGGUGUCUAUAAAACACUCGUGAAGUAUCUGGUUGGAGUUCCACAAGUAUUGCUUGAUUUUAUUCGGCAGAUAAAUGAUGAUGAUGGACCCAUGGAAGAGCAACGACAUCGCUAUGGACCGCCAUUAUACAGCCUCACGAUGAUGAUUCUUGUUAUUCGACUAUUCCUUUCAUUAUCAUGGGAGCGGCUUGGGACUAAUAAAUUGAAAAAGGAACAAAUUACUGUCUUGGAACAAGCUGUUGAUGUCUACACAGCAGAAUUUGAAAGGUUCAUUAGGUUUCUCAGUGAGGUCUUUUCAAAUGCACCUUUCUUCAUUUCUGCAGAAGUUGCUGGGGCAUUAGAAGGGAAAAAUGAUGACUACAAGGAGAUAAGUGUACCUGCUGGAAAAAGUUAUGAGGUUUUACUCACAGUGGACUCAGUAAACUCAUACAUCGCUUGGGAUUUUUCAUUAGUGCAAGGCAAGAUAAAUAUGGAUAUUGGGUUUAGUUUGGAGUUUAUUAGUCCAUCUGGUGAAAAAACUCUGAUGUUACCUUACCGGCGUUAUGACUCUGACCAAGGUAACUUCUGCACAUUAGAGGCUGGGAGCUAUAAACUGAUUUGGGACAAUACAUACUCCACUUUUUUCAAGAAGGUGCUCCGGUAUAAGGUGGAUUGCAUACCUCCAGUUGCAGAAACAGUGCAAUCUGACUGAAGCAGGAAUGAGAUAUCUCGAGGGGGGAUAACUGAUGGAUUAUAGUCUGAUUCAAUUUAUUUUCUGUUUUCCUUUUUAACUGCACCUGUGCUCUCGAGGUUGAUAGUAACCUCUGGUUUUCUUCACCUCGAGAUUGAUACAGAUGACUCAAUUCAUUUGGGAGCGGGGGAAGGAGAACCGAACUGGGAAAUGCAUUAAUCAUUUGUAUGUUGCUAGAAAUCUCAAUUAUAUUUAAUGAUCGCAAAAGUUGCCAGAGUGCACAAAAUCGCUGGGACAUUGCAGAAUAACAUUGCUAUUCUUCCUAGAUUGAUCUAUGGGGUGUUAUAUACUUGUAGACUUCCCAUACUGGUAA